UGUUUGUUUAUAUUGCUUAAAUUAUUAAUAACUUUUUAAAUAAUCGUUACGGAACUAGUUCAAGUCGCACGCUAUCGAUAGCUGCCAGGUCUGGCCGUCCCAUCGCCAACUGCAUCAGUUGCCCACCUCUAUUGUUUUUCAUCCCAUCAACAUGAGUGCCGUGAGCGAUCCGCUGGAACUUUUGACGAACAAGGGCACCCACCAGCCCUCUUUCCUCUCGCCGAUAUGGAAUCCGCUCGCCUGCGGAGUGGCCGGAGUGGGCGUGGCCAUUUUCGUCAACUGGGGCUUCCGUAGGCCCGUGUUUUCCGGCAUUCAGAAGCACAUUGCCUUCGGAGCUCUGGGCGUCGGCGCAGGAAGCUAUUUCGAUCAGAAGAGGAACGAGUACCUGGCCAAAAGGGACGCCGUCUUCCGGCACUACAUCGAGCUGCAUCCCGACGAUUUCCCGGUGAAGGAACGCAAGACCUACGGCCAGGUUCUGGAGAGUUGGGUGCCAGUUCGCUAAGUGCAUCUAAAUCUUUGUUGUAAAGCGACGAUGCAAGUAGUUAAUAAAACAGCUUUAAUUGUAAAACAUAUGAACACGAAAAUGGAGCAAAUGGAUUAGGCA